UUGACGUGGAUAGUAGCAGUUCUUGUGCACACAUUCUCUCUGCCCACAAGCCUCGAGAGGACCGACCAAAAUCCAAUGUCUUCACUCUCCACCACCACCGCUCGCGGCCCUCCUUUACCAUCACCAACAAUCUCCCACCGAUCCAAUUCAUUUCGGAUACUAUCCAUGACCCGACCCGAUUCAACCCCGAACUCUCCUCCUCCUCCUCACGUUACCGGAGUAGAGAAACUACGUAGCGCAACAAUGGCGGUGACAGUUGAUCAAAGGACGCAAAGAAUAGCGAAGGAAAUGGAGAAAAUGAAGGCGAAGGAGGCAAAGGAGAGAAAGGAAAUGAAGAAUAGGAAGGUAGCGUCGCAGAAAGCUGUUUCUGUUAUACUUCGUAGAGAGGCUACAAAGGCGAUUAUUGAUAAGAGAAGGAAGAAAGGUCCUAUUAACUCUAAGAAGCUUUUACCUAGAACUGUACUUGAAGCACUUCAUGAAAGGAUCGCGGCAUUGCGUUGGGAAUCUGCUCUCAAGGUUUUUGAACUACUACGUGAACAGCUUUGGUACAGACCUUACUCUGGUGUAUACAUCAAAUUAAUAGUCAUGCUUGGGAAAUGUAGGCAACCUGAGAAAGCUUCUGAACUCUUUCAAGCUAUGGUUGAUGAAGGUUGUGUUUUGGACUGUGAAUCAUACACUGCACUGCUAUCUGCCUACGGCAGGAGCGGUCUCUUGGAUAGAGCUUUCUCUCUUCUCGAGGAAAUGAAGAGUACACCUGGUUGUCAGCCAGAUGUCCAGACAUAUUCAAUCCUUAUAAAAUCUUGCUUGCAGGUUUUUGCCUUUGACAAAGUUCAGAGUCUUUUAUCUGACAUGGCAUCUCUUGGCAUCAAACCAAACACAGUCACCUACAAUACCCUUAUUGAUGCUUAUGGGAAGGCAAAAAGGUUUUCAGAAAUGGAAUCUACACUCUUGGAAAUGCUUGCUGAACAAGAAUGCCAACCUGAUGUAUGGACCAUGAAUUCAACACUCAGGGCCUUUGGCAACCUAGGGCAGAUAGAAACAAUGGAGAGGUGUUAUGACAAGUUUCAGACAUCAGGAAUCCAACCAAAUGUUCAGACCUUCAAUAUUCUCUUGGAUUCCUACGGCAAAGCCUGUGAUUUCACGAAAAUGAGUGCUGUGAUGGAAUACAUGCAGAAAUACCAUUAUUCUUGGACAAUUGUGACCUACAAUAUUGUGAUUGAUGCUUUUGGGAAAGCUGGGAAUCUCAAACAGAUGGAGUAUUUGUUUAGACUAAUGCGGUCAGAGAGAAUAAAACCUAGUUGUGUUACACUGUGCUCACUUGUAAGGGCUUAUGCACAUGCAGGUAAGCCUGAAAAAAUUGGCGGUGUCCUUCGUUUUGUCGAUAAUUCAGAUGUAACACUGGAUACUGUAUUCUUCAAUUGCUUGGUGGAUGCUUAUGUGAGGUUAGAUUGUUUGGAUGAGAUGAAGGGAGUUCUUGAGAUAAUGGAACAGAAAGGUUGUAAACCUGAUUUCAUAACUUAUAGAACUAUGAUUAAAGCUUAUUCAUCUAAAGGCAUGCAGAGUCAUGUUAAGGAGCUUAGAGAGCUCCUCAUAACAGUAAAGAGGCCUCCUUUAGAAAGAAACAAGCCUGACUUUUGAUGAGAAGAUCUACUGAUAUUUUUGCUCCAAUAUGUUUUGGCUGUCUAGCUAUGAUCUGUUCAUCUGUGCAUAUGUUGAAUACAUCUAGUAGACUAGUACUUUUGAGUAGGUUGUCUAUUGUCUUUGAGCUUCCCAACUUUUAGAAGGGAGUACUCUCUUUUGACGGUAGACACAAGAAAUACCUUAGGUGGUCACAACCCCAAAUAAAAAUUAUUUGAGCGCACACACAAAAAUAGAUACUAUUUAAUUAUUUUAAAAAUACACAUCAUUUAAUUUUUUUUUUUCUAUUUUUUUUUGUGUGUUCCUAAAUGGUGUAUCUAAUAAUCUAAGCCUUGUGACCACAUAAGAUUUUUACCGUA